AUGUCGUGGCCGUGGGGGUCCUCGCCGCCGCCGCCGCCGCCCUCCUCCUCGUCCUCCCCGUCCUCGGCCCCGUCCUCUUCCCCGGCCCCUUCCCCGGCCCCGUCCUGUCCCCCGGCGGGCGCGCUGCCCCUCCACCGGCUGCGGGAGCCGCUGCUGCGGCGCCUGGGCCGCUCCCUCGACCGGGCGGCGGAGGGCCGGGGCUGGCGCCAGCUGGCCGAGAGGGUGGCCCACCGCGGACGCUGCAGGCUCAGUUCUCUGGAGUUGGAACAAUGCUCUCUAAAAGUGCUGGAGCCAGAAGGAAGUCCCAGCCUCUGUUUGCUGAGAUUAAUGGGUGAAAGAGGUUGUACAGUCAUGGAACUGAUGGAGGUCCUUCAGGCCAUGGAGCACACAGAAGUUCUGCAGUUUCUCAACCCUCCAGGGAUAAAAAUCGUUAUAAACCCAGGAUCAAAGGCAGUAUUAGCAGGACAGCUGGUCAAGCUUUGUUGCCGGGCAUCUGGACAUCCCUUUGUACAGUAUCAGUGGUUCAAAAUGAAAAAAGAGAUUCCGCAUGGGAAUUCAUCAGAGCUUAUUUUUAACCCAGUUCAAGUAAGCGAUGCUGGAUUUUAUGUCUGUCGGGUGAAUAAUGACACUACCUUUGAAUUCAGCCAGUGGGCACAACUGGAUGUUUGUGAACUGAUGGAAAGUUCUUAUGGAAAUUUGGAUGGCUUUUCUGAAUCCAAACUCCAAAUCUGUAUUGAACCAAAGCCUCAAAAGCUGAUACCGGGGGAUACAUUGGUUUUACACUGUGUUGCUGUUGGAAGCCCUAUUCCUCACUACCAGUGGAUCAGAAAUGGAUUUCCAAUAGCGGAUGAGACAAAAAAACUCUUCAUGGUGCCUUUUGUGGAUAAGGAACAUCAGGGAACCUACUGGUGCCAUAUAUAUAAUGACCAAGAUAGUCAAAACAGCAAGAAGGUAGAAGUCAUCAUAGGAAGAACAGAUGGGGCAGUGGAGUGCACUGAAGAUGAAUUAACUGACUAUGGGCAAAAUGGCACUAAAGAAAAAUCGACUGCCCAAGCUUUUGCAAAGGAUAAGGUAGCUCUCUUGAUAGGGAAUAUGAGCUAUCUGAAUCAUCCCAAGCUAAAAGCUCCUUUGGUAGACGUAUAUGAGUUAACCAACUUGCUAAGACAGCUGGAUUUCAAGGUUGUUUCAUUACUGGAUCUCACUGAACAUGAGAUGCGGAAUGCUGUGGAUGAAUUUUUACUUCUGUUGGACAAAGGCGUGUAUGGCUUAUUAUAUUAUGCUGGACAUGGCUAUGAAAACUAUGGGAAUAGUUUUAUGGUUCCUAUUGAUGCUCCAAAUCCCUACAGGUCUGCAAAUUGUCUCUGUGUGCAAAGUAUACUUAAAUUGAUGCAAGAAAAGGAGACUGGACUAAAUGUGUUCCUACUGGAUAUGUGUAGAAAAAGAAAUGACUAUGACGAUACCAUUCCAAUUUUAGACGCCCUGAAAGUCACUGCUAAUAUUGUGUUCGGCUAUGCCACGUGCCAAGGAGCAGAAGCUUUUGAAAUCCAGCACUCUGGUUUAGCAAAUGGUAUCUUCAUGAAGUUCUUGAAGGAUCGUUUAUUAGAAGAUAAGAAAAUUACCGUACUACUUGAUGGAGUUGCAGAAGAUAUGGGAAAAUGUCAUCUUACUAAAGGCAAGCAGGCAUUGGAGAUCCGGAGCAGUUUAUCUGAAAAGAGAGCACUCACUGACCCUAUACAACGAACCGUAUGUUCUCCGGAAUCACUGGUACGGAAUCUACAGUGGGCCAAAGCACACGAACUUCCAGAAAGCAUGUAUCUUGAAUUUAAAUGUGGUGUUGAGAUUCAACUAGGAUUUGCUGCUGAGUUUUCCAAUGUCAUGAUAAUCUACACAAGGAUAAUACAUAAACCUCCUGAAAUAAUGAUGUGUGAAGCCUACGUUACAGAUUUACCACUCGAUUUGGAUGUUGAUCCAAAACAUGCAAAUAAAGGAACUCCUGAAGAAACUGGAAGCUAUUUAGUAUCCAAGGAACUUCCCAAGCAUUGCCUCUACACCAGACUCAGUUCACUGCAAAAGUUAAAGGAGCACCUAAUCUUCACAGUUCAUUUGUCCUAUAAUUAUCAAGGAAUGGAAGAUACUGUGGAUGAAAGGCAAGAAGUGAACGUUGGAAAACCCCUCAUUGCUAAAUUAGACAUUUAUCGUGGAUUUGGAAGGAAGAGUUGCUUUCAGACCUCUCUCAUGUCGAGUCCUUCUAACCUCACACCAAUUUCAGGGGCAGCUGAACAUUAUCAUUCUUUUCCAAAUUCAUUCCCUGGAGCUUUUGACCCCCAUCCAGGGAACUCCGGAGGCGACUUGCCAUCGAUUAGCUGUCAUUGCAGCAGGACUUCAGAUAUGGUGUUUUCAAGUCAGAGUACACAGGAUUAUUCAUCUCAGUUCUGCAAAAGUAAUAUACCUGUAGAAACAACUGAUGAGCUACCAUUCACUUUCUCUGAUAAACUCAAAUUUUCUGAAAAGUAACUACGGUCGUUUUUCUCAGGAGCAUAACUUCCUAAUACCAGAUUCCCAUCUUUGUUAUUGUAAAUUUUCAUGUUUUGAGGAAAAGGAAAGCAGUGAAAAGAAUCCAGGACAAACUGUUGAAAAAUGUUUUGAUCAUUUGUUCACUUUGAGAUGUAGAUGUUGUAUAGGUUAUCCCCAAUUUACCUUUCUUUCACUUUUAUUCAUUUGAUUGUUUAUCAUAAAUAUGAAAGUAUGAUGUUUUAUAGGAACUUUGAUUCAGAAUGAAGUCAGAGAGGAUAGGAUGAAAGAGUGAUUACCCUGAGCUAGUCACAUUUUACAGGCAUUUUUCAGUGUUCCACAUCCAUGCAAAUUCAAAAUAAAUGGAUUUAUUUUCUAUUCAUAUACAUAAAAAUAUUCUUUAUGUAAACUGA